GAAGAGUAUCGACCACGGCCACAGGAAUAUCAUGGCGGCAUCCUGUCCUCUCUGUUAAAGCUGUACAACCAGCAACAGCAACAUUCCAGUAAUGGGCGCUCUUCAAGCAGACAGCCUCAUCAUCGCCGGGCCUUCAGUGGCGACCUUAGCGGCGCAACCACACCGACGCAAUCACCUCCAGACUCUGGCACCGUGACUCCCAACGGCAGCAACUGGUUCUCACGCAAAUCGAAGAACCACUCCAGCUCUUCUCUUGCUAAGCUUAUCGGGUCUUCGGCCAGUCUUAGCUCGCCUGCAGUAUCUGGGCUUGGCGAACAGGUUGCAGAACGGCUGAGGGAGCAGCGUGAACAAGAGAAGGCCAAUCGACCCGGCAUCGGCAAGAGAAGUCGCAGCAGUGAUGUGAUCGCAGCCAUCAACCGCUUGAGCAGACCCAAACUUGAAGACGAGAUUAGGAUCACCGUUCACAUUGCCGAGUACCUCGCGCGACAGAAGUACCUUUUGAAGCUUUGCCGGGCGCUGAUGGAGUAUGGCGCUCCGACACACAGGCUGGAGGAGUACAUGAACAUGUCCGCACGGGUCUUGGAGAUCCAAGCGCAGUUUCUGUACAUUCCAGGUUCGAUGAUCAUGAGCUUUGACGACCCAUCUACGCAUACCACUGAGGUGAAGCUCGUCCGAGUCACACAAGGCCUGGAUCUGGGUAAGCUUCGAGACGUCCAUGAAGUGUACAAGGAAGUUGUGCAUGACCGCAUAGGAGUGGAAGAGGCUACUGCUCGCCUUAAGGAGGUCAUGGGCAAGCCGCCGAAGCACAGUCGAUGGCUUCGGAUUCCAGUCUACGGACUCGCAGCAGCGUGCGUUGGACCAUUCGCUUUCGGUGCCAGGCUCAUCGACCUGCCAAUUGCAUUUUUGCUAGGCUGCAUCCUCGGCGUACUGCAGCUAGUCGUCUCACCCAAGUCGGAUCUCUACGCCAAUGUCUUCGAGAUCGCCGCGACAGUAAUCACCUCAUUCCUCGCUCGCGCAUUCGGCAGCAUACCCAACGGCCACGGCGGCCGCCUCUUCUGCUUCUCCGCCCUCGCACAGUCCUCCAUCGCGCUCAUCCUGCCGGGCUACAUCGUCCUCUGCGCCUCGCUCGAACUGCAGAGCCGCGCCAUCGUGGCCGGCAGCAUCCGCAUGGUCUACGCCAUCAUCUACUCGCUCUUCCUCGGCUUCGGCAUCACUAUCGGCACCGCCAUCUAUGGCAUCAUGGAUCACAACGCUACCUCCGCUACGACCUGCGACGGCGCCAUAGCCGAACCGUACUUCUUCCCCUUCGUCCCCGCCUUCGCCUUCACGCUCAUCGUCAUCAACCAAGCGAAGUGGAAACAAGCGCCUGUCAUGAUAGUCAUUGCCUUCGCGGGCUACCUCGUCAGCUAUUACUCGGCGAAACGCUUCGCGGGCAACACGCAAGUCAGCAGUACUCUUGGCGCUCUCAUGAUCGGUGUCCUUGCGAACCUGUACUCACGCAUUGGCGGUCGGGCGGAGAAUUGGCUUCUGGAUUUAUGGGAAGACCGGCUACGGCCGCGCUGGAAACAGUUCAAGCGUCGCGUGCUCCAUAUCCGUAACCGGCACAAGAAGGCUACGCCAAAGUCGCUGGAAGAGGGUAGUUCCCACGCCUCCUCGGACGGAGAAGCAGCGUCCCUCUUCGUGCGCCAGACGCGCCGCGUCGGCUACGGUCUUGCGGCCGCGGCGAUGCUACCCGCCAUCUUCGUCCAAGUCCCUUCCGGACUCGCCGUUUCCGGCUCAUUGGUCUCUGGCUUAGCGUCUGCGAACCAGAUCGCUGGCAACGCGACCAACGGGACGACGGUGGUGAACUCUACGACACUGGGGCUGGAUACGAGCGGACUGAACAGUAUUGCGUUUAACGUGAGCUAUUCGGUUAUUCAGGUAGCGAUUGGGAUUACGGUGGGCUUAUUCUUGAGCGCAAUUGUGGUGUAUCCGUUUGGCAAGAAGAGGAGUGGAUUGUUUAGCUUUUAA